GCGGGCCUCGUGCUGCUCGGCUCACGUUACGUGGUGUUGUGUGCACCCUUGUGGCGCGCGCCGGUUGCACGUGUUGUGUUUUAAGGCACGCCGCGCUGCUCUCGUUGCCAGCUUACUUUCUCUUUCACAUGGGCGUCGGCUGAAUGAUGCCCUGCGCCCCCCUAAUGAAGCCAAAACUCGGCUUCUCCAUUGAAUCCCUGGUGGGCGGCAAAGGAGGCUCGGAGGGCCGUGGUUCCCCGCCGCUGGCCGACACCUGCAGCGACCGCGGCGUGUCGCCUCCCACCUCCAUGCCACCGUCGCCGCUCUCCCCGGGGCCUCCUGCCUUCAGCGACCUUCGGGCGCCGUUGGCCAUGCGGGCCCUCCUCGAGGACAAGCCGCUGCCCAUCCAGAGGCCGCAGCCCAUUAAUGGCGCCACACAAAGACCUUCUCAGGAAGUGAGUCUGCCGCCCUCGCUCCUGGCUGCAGCGAAGCUUCCCACGGGCUUCCCGCCCGCCCUCCUGCCGCAUCAGCUCAACCUGGCCGCAUUGCCACAGCUGCAGGGACUUCCCGGGGCUUUUCCUCCGCAUCUGAACCCGCUCAUGAUGGGUGGGAACGUGCCCGGCCUGGCUGCCCACCUGCCGCGGGAGUACCCCCUUUACCCGUGGUUGCUGUCCAGACACGGCAGAGUCUUCCCCCAUGGCCUUCCCAGUCCCGAGCAGCUGGCUUACCUCCUGCAGCCCUUCCGAAAGCCCAAGAGGAUCCGGACGGCGUUCAGCCCGAGCCAGCUCCUCAAGCUCGAGCAAGCCUUCGAGAAGAACCAGUACGUGGUGGGCGCCGAGAGGAAGCAGCUCGCCCAGUCGCUAAAUCUUUCCGAAACACAGGUGAAAGUAUGGUUCCAGAACAGACGGACGAAGGAGAAGCGGAUCCAGCAAGAGGAUGAGGGCGAGGGCGGAGGCGGCGACGGCAGCGGGGGCGCCGGAGAAGGGGGCGCUUCGGGAGGGAGCGGCGGAGGAGGCGGAGGGAGCAGCGGCGCGUCGGAAAAGUGUUCGUCUGCGUCUUCGACCUCUCCUGAAGGAACGUCCAAGCCCAUGGAGGAGGAGGAAGAGGAUGAGGAAAUCCUGGAGGACUCGGAGGAGGAAGGUGUAGGCGGCGGCCGUCUUGACCUCACCACAGGCUGAGGACCUUUUCCUGCCCACUGAAGACGUGCCCACUUGAAGCCACGCCUGCAAAUUCCCCGCCCAUUUCUCCUGCCCGCGACACAUGACACAGCGGCGGACGGAGAAGGGACAGCCCAUCUCUUGCAUUACAAGGACCCUGUCUACGCUCACGGUGCUGUGUGCGUGUCUGCGGCGUGUACAUGCAUGUACAUUUAUAAACGCUCUAUGUUUGUCAUGAUGCACAUCUUGCGUGUAUGGAUACAUAUAUUCUCUAUAUUGAUGGGUAAAUCUAUAUGGCAAUAUGGAUGAACACUUGUAAAAAAAGUACAUUGUGUGCACCUGUCUUAUUAGAGGAUUGGGAUCAAACGCUGAAAAAGAGAUCUUUAUGAUGGACUUACACACGAACAGCAGGAAGAGCAGGUGACACCCGGUGAGAGUGGCCAGCGGAGGGGAGCGGAGGGAUGGAGGUGGGCGAGAGGGCUUGAACUAGUCACGGACAGACAGGACUGCCUCGGUAUUGUGUUUACUGCAAGAAACCGUAAUAAUGAAUUGAUCACGCAGUGUUUGCCCGCCAAUGGACUCGAGUGAAACCCGUUCCGCCGUACGUUCCGUUGUGCUUAGCUUGGGUGUCAUACACCUUGAAGGAGCGAGGUGGAACAACAAAGGGAAAUCGCGGUUCAGCAGCAGGUGACCCGUGAAAGCAAAGCGGUGCAGGAACAAGGAAAUCAAUCAAGAGUCUCUCCUCGCGAGACGAAAACGCCUCUUGGUACCUUUCAUCCGACCCCGAACCCGACAGCGUGUAAGACUCGUGCCAAAGUCUGCGAACUGUGCAUUGCAGACGCACCAGACACUAGAUGAUUCAUUGAUAAGACAGAAAAUUAACACAGCUUUGUAUUAUAAGUGUCGAGGCCUAAUACUUACUACAUUCCUCCAUUAUGUUCUGCGUUGUUAGUUAUAAAUAACAAGCCGUUGUGAAUGCCCGAGUGAGUGAUGUGCAACUUUCGUGUCAUCAGUCGCCUAGCGACCAUCCAUUUUUCCGAUACUUGGAAAAGAAAGCAACUAUUGUGGUCCUCGAUACACCCGUUCCAUGUAUUGGAAAGUGAAAAGUUAAAGGGAUUUGAUUAUGCUUUGUUGAAUAAAGUUUCAUCUUUAUUUGGGGAUAUUUGACCGGCACUUGCAUGACAUUACUUUUCAGUCUGGAGAGAGCUAAAAGUGAUAUCUAGUUUUUAAUCUAGAAGCCGAAAGGGUUUCGAACCGCUUCUCCAAACCUGGAAGUAUUUUCAUGGAGUACCAAAAAGUAUAGGUAUACCCAGGAACGUUUAGCAUCGGGGACCAAAUGCAGUGGUUCAAAUAUUAAACAAUGAUGUGAUUGGCGAAAUAAAAAAUAGCUUUAUGAUAUUUACUAGAUGUAUUUUUAUAGACGCGAUUCCCUCUGUUGUAAAUGAAUUAUUUAAUGUUUUCUCUGUAUUUUCUCUUCUGUGGCGUUGUGAUAUUUUUGAGUAAAUAAAUUAGGACCGGAUGAGAGGUGGUCUAUUCACGAUUAUUCAUAUAUACGAUUCGGCAUUAGCAUUGUUUUUGUCCAUUGUUUCUAAGAGACUGAUUCACAAACGAUAUACCGCCAGGAGCGAGCUAAGUCUAAUUUAUUAAAAGUAGUAUGACUCCAUUCUUGCAGGUCAUUGCUACAAUUCAUAAUUUUCACAAGAAUUUAAAAUCUUGAUGCCGAAGGAAUUAUAGUCAAGGAACAUUAUUCGUCAUUAUUUUACUUUCAAUUUGCAAAUCUGCAAACUCCAAAUUAUGUAACUAUUAAUCAAAACACACACAUUCACACGCAUGAAUGUCUGUGUGUGACUCUGUAACACGUCGACCCCCGACAAUAGAUCCUGUUCGUUGCAGUAGUUUAAGAUAGCACACAAUUCAAUCAACACACAGAUGUAAAGAAAAAUCAGUUCUCAGUCACUGCCAUCAAACUCUUCAAAGAACCCGCUACUACAGAUAAUGAUAAUGAUGUGCGUGUUAUAUUCUCAUUCUAGUCGAGCUUUCUUUGGUUUAGUCUCUCUCACUUCCUUUCCCUCGUCUUCAUUUGGCCUUUUGUUCUGCUCGCCCAACAUAUGACAGUUGGUAACGCUGGUUCCGAACGUAUUAACAAAGAAGUCUGGUGUCACUGCAAUGGUGGAUGUUUGCAAAGCAGACAUCACCCUUUAAGAUCUCAAAUGGUAAGCCUGUAGAUACAGAUAUAGCAAACUUGUUCACACCAUCUUAGAAUAACACCGCUCAUCUCGGAGGUACGGAGGCACAGCCUGUUUGUUCCACUGGUAUUUUAAGGUUGUCCUAAAUUUAGAUGUGGAAAAUGCCGAAGUCAGAGUGGAAGAGACCUCUUAUGGUAUAUACAGAGGACUGUCUGAAUACAUUCACCAAACAACUAUGAACCAUAGAUGUGUACUAUGAUUUGCUAACAUCUUCCAGGAGGAGACCAGAGUGUACUUCAUUUCGAUUGUGAAAAUAAAAAUAAAAGGAGAAUAUGACGAAGGCAGAGAUAUAGGAUGUAGGGAAGAAUAAGGAGAAAAGUUGUGAUUGCCAUAACUGUAUGUGUGCCACCAAUGGCCUCACAUCCAAACCCACUGGCACACGAAUGUAGCGGGAUGUUCCCCAUAUUCCUGGCUAGGAAGGUAAGAAUGCCGGUAU